AUGGCAGUGGAAAACAACACCCACGUGUCAGAGUUUCUCCUUCUGGGGCUUUCCCAGGAGCCAGAAGUCCAGCCCCUCAUCUAUGUGAUCUUCCUGUCCAUGUACCUGACCACGGUCUUGGGGAACCUGCUCAUCAUCCUGGCCGCCAGCUCAGACCCCCGCCUCCACACCCCCAUGUACUUUUUCCUCUGCAACCUGUCCCUGGUGGACAUCUGCUUAACCUCCACCAUCGUCCCCAGGAUGCUGCAAAACAUCCUGCUGCAAACAAAAGCCAUCAGCUACGAAGGCUGCAUCACCCAGAUAUACUUUUUCGUCCUCUUCAUAUGUCUCGAUGACUUCCUCUUGACUGUGAUGGCCUAUGACCGUUUCGUGGCCAUCUGCCACCCCCUGCACUACACGGUCAUCAUGAACCCCCGCCUCUGUGGGCUACUGGUUCUAGGGUGCUGGGUCCUGGGUCUCUUAAAUUCUUCCAUGGAAAUCUCAGUGACCUUGCGUCUUUAUACCCAGCCUCUGGCAGCAGAAAACGACACCCACAUGUCAGAGUUUCUCCUCCUGGGACUUUCCCAGGAGCCAGAAGUCCAGCCCCUCAUCUAUGUGAUCUUCCUGUCCAUGUACCUGACCACGGUCAUGGGGAACCUGCUCAUCAUCCUGGCCGCCAGUUCAGACCCCCGCCUCCACACCCCCAUGUACUUCUUCCUCUGUAACCUGUCCCUAGUGGAUAUCAGCUUCACCUCCACCACCAUUCCCAAGAUGCUACAGAACAUCCAGACACAAAGGAAAGCCAUCAGCUACGAAGGCUGCAUCACCCAGAUAUUUUUUUACGUCCUCUUCAUAAGUCUCGAUGACUUCCUCUUGACUGUGAUGGCCUAUGACCGCUUCGUGGCCAUCUGCCACCCCCUGCACUACACGGUCAUCAUGAACCCCCGCCUCUGUGGGCUGCUGCUGCUGGGGUGCUGGGUCCUGGGUCUCUUGAAUUCUUCCAUGGAAAUCUCGGUGUUCUUGCAUCUGUCCUUCUGCCCCGAGGUGGAGAUCCCUCACUUUUUCUGUGAACUCAACCAGCUGAUCAAACUUGCUUGUUCUGACACUUUCUUGAAUAACCUGGUCAUGUACUGUGCUGUUUUCCUGGUGGGCAUGGGUCCUUUACUCGGUAUUAUUUACUCUUAUUCCAAGAUCAUUUCCUCCAUCCGUGGCAUGGCGUCUGCUCAGGGUAGGUACAAAGCCUUUUCCACCUGUGCCUCCCACCUUGCCGUGGUCUCCUUGUUCUAUGUCACAAGCAUGGGGGUGUACAUGAGCUCCACGGUGAGUGAAAGGGCAUAUCCAAGUGCAGUGGCCUCUGUGCUGUACAUGGUGGUCACCCCCAUGCUGAACCCCUUCAUCUACAGCCUCCGGAACAAAGACAUCAAGAGGGCCCUGAAAAUGUUUUUUGUGCAGGGAACUGCAAAACGGUCAAUUGUCCUUCACUGA